UGGCCCUGGCCCAGGAGGCUUGGGAGCGCGCAGUGAGGCCGGGCCUCGCCUGGGAUCGGGACACUCACGCAGGGGCGGUCGCCGGCGGGAUCGGAGGCUGGGCGAGGGGCCUCCGUCCGCUCACCAUGGUUGAGACACGCUUCUCCAAGUUCCUGCAGAAACUCGGCUUCUCAGGCGCGGGCCAUCAGUACGAGCCGCUGGAGCGGGGCGAGUUGGAAACCUUGUUUGAUGAACAAUGUGAGUUGAAAGCCAUCGAAAAGGAGAAGACGGUGGUAGCUCUGCCACCCAAGGAAGCAAGCAAAUGCCAGAGAGAGGAUUUGGCCGAAGCGUUUCACGUGGACUUAGAGAAUGGGCUGUCCGAGUUCUCGGUCACGCAGCGCAGGCUGGUCCAUGGCUGGAACGAGUUUGUCGCCGAUAACACUGAACCCAUGUGGAAGAAAUACCUGGAUCAGUUUAAGAACCCGCUGAUCCUGCUGCUUCUGGCCUCUGCCUUGGUGAGCAUCCUCACCAAGAAGUAUGAGGACGCUGUCAGCAUUGCUGUGGCCGUGCUGAUUGUGGUCACUGUCGCCUUCAUCCAGGAGUACAGGUCAGAGAAAUCUCUGGAAGAGCUGACCAAGCUGGUUCCUCCUGAAUGUAAUUGCGUAAGAGAAGGGAAGCUGCAGCAUCUGCUCGCACGAGACCUGGUUCCUGGAGACAUCGUGCGUCUCUCCAUCGGAGACCGGAUCCCGGCGGACAUUCGUCUCACCGAGGUCACAGACCUCCUGGUAGACGAGUCCAGUUUGACGGGAGAAGCUGAGCCGUGCAGUAAGACAGACACCCCGUUGACCGGUGAGGGGGACCUCACCACCCUGAGAAACAUCGUCUUCAUGGGAACCCUGGUGCAGUACGGGAAGGGGCAGGGGGUGGUGAUCGGAACCGGGGAGCGGUCUCAGUUCGGAGAGGUGUUUAAGAUGAUGCGGGCUGAAGAGACACCUAAAACUCCUCUGCAGAAAAACAUGGACAAUCUGGGGAAACAGCUGACCCUCUUCUCGUUCUGCAUAAUUGGCGUAAUCAUACUCACGGGGUGGCUGCAAGGGAAGCACCUUCUCAGCAUGUUCACGAUCGGGGUCAGCCUGGCUGUGGCCGCCAUUCCAGAGGGUCUGCCCAUCGUCGUCAUGGUCACGCUGGUCCUGGGCGUGCUGCGGAUGGCCAAGAAGCAGGUCAUUGUGAAGAAGUUACCGAUCGUGGAGACUUUAGGUUGCUGCAACGUCAUCUGUUCUGAUAAGACGGGGACUCUGACUGCCAAUGAAAUGACUGUCACCCAGCUUGUGACGUCUGAUGGGCUCCAUGCUGAGGUCAGCGGAGUUGGGUACAAUGGCCAAGGGACAGUCUGUCUUUUACCGUCAAAGGAAGUCAUUAAGGAGUUUUCCAACGUCUCGGUGGGGAAAUUAGUGGAGGCAGGCUGUGUCGCCAACAACGCUGUCAUCGGGAAAAACACCGUGAUGGGACAGCCCACGGAGGGUGCCUUGAUCGCCCUGGCUAUGAAGAUGGACUUAAGUGAUAUUAAAGAUUCAUAUGUGAGAAAAAAAGAGAUCCCGUUCAGCUCGGAGCAGAAGUGGAUGGCGGUGAGAUGCAGCCCCAAGAAUGAGGAGCAGGAAGACAUUUACUUCAUGAAGGGGGCCUUCGAAGAAGUGAUCCAUUACUGCACCACAUACAACAACGGGGGCAUCCCACUGCCCCUGACACCCCAACAGAGAUCCUUCUGCCAGCAGGAGGAGAAGAAGAUGGGGUCACUUGGCCUGCGGGUGCUGGCCCUGGCUUCUGGGCCCGAGCUGGGGCAGCUGACAUUUCUGGGUCUCGUGGGGAUCAUCGACCCUCCGAGGGCUGGCGUGAAGGAAGCGGUGCAGGUUCUCUCCGAGUCCGGUGUGUCCGUGAAGAUGAUCACGGGGGAUGCCCUGGAGACGGCCUUGGCGAUAGGAAGGAACAUCGGCCUGUGCAACGGGAAGCUGAGCGCCAUGUCCGGGGAGGAGGUGGAAAGCAUGGAGCAGAGCAAGCUGGCUAACCGUGUCGGGAAGGUAUCUGUCUUCUUCAGGACCAGCCCGAAGCACAAGCUCAAAAUCAUAAAGGCUUUGCAGGAGUCAGGGGCGAUCGUGGCCAUGACCGGGGAUGGGGUGAAUGAUGCCGUGGCCCUGAAGUCUGCGGACAUUGGGAUCGCCAUGGGGCGGACGGGCACCGAUGUCAGCAAAGAGGCUGCCAACAUGAUCCUGGUGGACGAUGACUUCUCAGCCAUCAUGAAUGCGGUGGAGGAAGGCAAGGGGAUUUUUCACAACAUCAAAAACUUCGUCCGAUUUCAGCUGAGCACGAGCAUCUCGGCCUUGAGCCUCAUCACUCUGUCCACCAUGUGCAACCUGCCCAGCCCCCUCAACGCCAUGCAGAUCCUGUGGAUCAACAUCAUCAUGGACGGGCCGCCCGCACAGAGCUUGGGGGUGGAGCCGGUGGACAAAGACACCCUCCGGCAGCCCCCGAGGAAUGUCAAGGACAUGAUCCUCAGCAGAGCCCUCAUCCUGAAGAUCCUCCUGUCGGCUUCUGUCAUCAUCAGCGGGACCCUCUUCAUCUUCUGGAAAGAGAUCCCCGAAGACAAGGCGAGCACCCCGCGUACCACGACCAUGACCUUCACCUGCUUUGUGUUCUUUGACCUCUUCAAUGCCUUGACCUGUCGCUCUCAGACCAAGUUGAUAUUCGAGAUCGGCUUCCUCCGGAAUCACAUGUUCCUCUACUCGGUGCUCGGGUCAGUUCUAGGGCAGCUGGCUGUGAUUUACGUCCCACCCCUGCAGAAGGUCUUCCAGACGGAGAAUCUGGGGGCACUCGACUUGUUGCUCUUGACCGGACUGGCCUCCUCCGUGUUCGUCUUGUCAGAGCUCCUCAAACUAUGUGAGAAGUUCUGCUCCAGAGCCCAGAAAGCCCAGGCUCACUGUGAAGCUGUAUAGUGGACCCGACCAGUGUAAACUCCCCUAAGUAACCAUGUUUUUAGGUAUAUGUUUAUGUCUGAAGAGGGCUGGUUUCAGGACGCCGCAGCACCAGGUCACUCACCGAGUGCUGCCUGGG